CGCUACUAAAGACUCGUUUCUGCGUAACCAGCGUGAUUGCACGCUGUAUAAAUUGGCUACCGCUAGAUAUUUUACGAGUAGUAAAUACGCACUAUUUCGUGAAGCGGAUGUGCACGCAGUUUAAAAUUGAAGUUCGGCUGCCGGUAUUGUUCCGCGCAGUGCAAAGCGGUUCAGAAAGAGGAGGACGGAGGCGCCAUUUUGAAACGGAUUGGAAGUGUUCGAGUUGAAAGAAGGAGAAACACGGACAGUGUUACUUGCUUUGUUUGUGUGUUUUACAAUUAAAAAAGAGCGAAACCGUUAUUAAUCUCCACUCAUGUCCGGAGGCGGGGUGAUCCGAGGCCCAGCCGGCAAUAACGACUGCCGAAUCUACGUGGGGAACCUGCCGCCAGACAUCCGCACCAAGGACAUCGAAGACGUGUUUUAUAAGUACGGGGCGAUCCGCGAUAUCGACUUGAAGAAUCGCCGGGGAGGACCGCCCUUCGCCUUCGUGGAGUUUGAGGAUCCCAGAGACGCCGAGGAUGCAGUGUAUGGACGCGAUGGGUACGACUAUGACGGAUACCGCCUCCGAGUUGAAUUUCCUAGGAGCGGCAGGGGCGCUGGAAGAGGCGGCGGUGGAGGAGGAGGGGGUGGUGGUGGUGGGGGGGGAGGAGGAGGGGGCGGUGGCGGUGGUGGAGGUGGAGCACCCCGGGGGAGAUACGGGCCUCCGUCCCGGCGCUCUGAGUACAGAGUCAUUGUUUCAGGACUUCCUCCGAGUGGCAGCUGGCAGGAUCUCAAGGAUCACAUGCGUGAAGCAGGUGAUGUAUGUUAUGCUGACGUUUUCCGAGAUGGGACUGGUGUUGUGGAGUUUGUACGCAAAGAAGACAUGACCUACGCGGUUCGAAAACUGGAUAACACUAAAUUCAGAUCGCAUGAGGGAGAAACCGCGUACAUCCGCGUCAAAGUCGACGGCCCUCGGAGCCCCAGCUACGGAAGAUCUCGCUCCCGGAGCCGAAGUCGCAGCAGGAGCCGAAGCAGAAGCAACAGCCGCAGCCGCAGCUACUCCCCCCGGCGAAGCAGAGGAUCCCCCCGCUACUCUCCCCGCCACAGCCGAUCACGCUCUCGUACUUAAAAUUAGAGAAAACAACCUCCACUGGGUCGAUUUGUAACGGCACACCUCCUUUUUUUUUAACAUUAGAUAAACCAACCCAAACUAUUUUUUUGUUUUGUUUUACUGUUUUAUUAAAGUUUGCUACAGAUUUUGAAUUUGCAUUUCGUUAUUUCAUAGUGGCCCGCUUUUAAUUGGUAAAAAAAAAAAAAAAAAAAUUGCUCCUGAUGUCGACAUACUUUUUUUUUUUAAAAAAAAUUUCCUGUCACUUUUUUUUCUUUCUGUUAAAGUGUAUUUUAACUGAAUGUACAGGCAAGGCAAACAUUUGUUUUCAUGAAUUGAAGACCGUAGUUGUCUUAAAGUUUAUCCGUAAAGUUUAUCCGACACUCAUAAGUAAACCUGUGGUAUUGCUUUGUAUGUUUGUUAAAUAUUCUGGUUUUUUUGGGUGGAAGGAGAGGGGAGUGGGGGGGUUACGAGUUUGUGAGUGAUUAGGAUGUGCAUAACCUGCUUUUGUUUGGAGGGUGGGAAUCUAUUGCAAUAUGUAUUUUAUUUUACCUUUUCAUGUGUCUUUCUAUAGACAUUAUCAGACGAGAAGGAUUAAAGAAUGCAUUGGAAUAAAGGAUUGUGAAGCACAAUUCAUUCAAAUUAGGAUUGUCAGAUUGGAGGAGGAUUUGAGGAGGCGCAGUCAGAUCAAUAAUGGAGGCAAUGGUAUGACACCAAGCGCUGCGGUCACCUUUCAACUUGGCACUAUUGAAUUUCAAAAGAUAAUACAGUGGUACUUGGUUACAUUUGCAUUGAACUGAACCUUUAAAGUACAGUACUGCCUGUUAAGUGUGGUGUGUUUUCCUACAUGUAGUUCUAACUGCUUUGGCAAUUUUAAAGUUACUUGCUUUAUUUUUACCUGUAAUUUCACUUCUCAGUACUGCUAAGCUUGCAUGCCCUCUGUCUGACUGGAUGUAGCAUUGCUUGUGCACCAUAUUGAGCAGUUUUUUGUUUGUAAGUUUUCAUGACCUAUUGUAACCUGUAACCUGUAGCUAGCUCACUCGUGUACAGGGAUGUAAACCCGUUUAUAUCCACAGUACACUAGUGUGUUUUGGUUUUUUUUGUUUUGUUUUUCCUACAACAGACCGAAGAUGGUCCUCUGUGCAAACAGACAGUAAAUACCCUGCAAGCUUAAACAGAAAGUAAUUUGUUUACUGUCUCUGCAGUACCUUGAUAUACACCUCAAAAUGGAACAAGUUUAUGUACCAAUAAGUAGCACAUUUUAAAAAGUAAGUCAGUCUUGAAGUUGAAUAGUGGCCUGAUCUGUUAACACAUUUGCAUUGGAUUGCUGCACCAUUCACUUGCUUUGGGGGCUGAUCAUUGUCUGGCAUCAUGCGUUAAGAGGUGCUUUUUGUUUUAAUUGAUAGCCAGCCAUAUGAUCUCCUCCCCUAACUUAUAUUUUUUAAAGAAAAAAAAACAACGCUGUUUGAUUACAGUACUGAUUCUAACUUGUUGCCUCCUCUUUUUGGUUUUGCUGGUAUUUAAAGGUUUGGAUUGGAGGAGGGGCUCUCCCUGGAUCCCAAUCCUCGGAGCCGGAUCAUUGGAUCAGUUCAUAAUCAGGAUAGGAUAGGGAAGGAUGGAUUCAUGGAGCGGGAUCAAUUUACCGGGAACCGUAGGAGUGGAUUCCCCCAACCAAACCGCAUUUUCAUGGAAUUCAAACCCACCCCUUUUUCAAUUGGCUAUUCUAAAAUCAAAAGCAGUCUCAGUUUACCCCCUCCAUUAUUUUUAUUUCUUUUUUAAUUGGUCAGUUUUGGCACCCCCAAAGAUGCACGGUCAUGGGAUUUUUUUUUUUUUUUUUUUUGGUAAGAGGAGCAAAGCGAGGACCAGGAACCGGGAGCAAUCUCCUUGGAUGGAAUCCGCAUGAGGAGUUUGGUAAAUUUAAAACGGCGGGCAGGGCGGGGUGGGGAAGGGAGAAAGUGGGAGGGAUGGGCUUUUGAUUAGUUCAAGUAAAAUUUUUUUUUUUACAUUUUAUUUUUUCUUCAAUUAGUUUCCACCAUUAUUUUAAACCUAACUGGUGAAACAGGUCUUCUAUUGGCGUAAAACGAGGCGUAAUUUGUAGUGUUGAUUUAAUUUCAGAAUAAAACUCUUGAAAGAAAA